AUGACUUUCAUAGGCGCAUUGACAUGGAAGAUUAUACUUUGCCAGGAUAACUCGUACCUUGAAAACCGUAAUCCAGUAAUCGGAAACAAGCAAUCUCAAGAAUCCGCUGUUUCUCAGGAUUCCUUGGAUAUCAAAGGUGUCUUUCUAUAUAAAAAUAUUCUCUCUUUCAUUCCUUGUUCAUUCACCCUUUCACAAAUGUGUCUAAAUGACUCCAAACAUGCGGAAAGUGGUGAAACACGCGCAAAGUUCGCUUUUAACUCCGACUAUUUGGAACCCAGAGAUUCACCGAAACAAUCCUCUGGUAUAUUUGUCGAACAAGAUCAAUCUGUCAAUGCAGAAACCAAACAGAAGAUGAGGAUCGAUUCUUUAUCUACGACAUGA